AUGGCUUUUGACUGCCAUUUUGGUUGUGGUUUUAUUAUAGCUUUAUUUUCUUUUCAUCAGUCCUAGUGCCUAUGCUGGUCUAUUUCCGUUUUUGCGUUUGAUUGAUUCUCGCAAUAUCUGGUCGUGGUCCUUGAUCAUCAAAAAGGAAAGUUGAGUUCUGCGGUUUGAGUUUACUUUUGGUGUUUUGUGUUUGUUUGUUCUGUCGAGAUUUGAGCCCCAAACCCUCCAUCUCCUUUCAUAAAUUGCUCAUUUCUCUCAUCUGAAUCACAUUUCCUCUCUUGCUGCCGGCGGUAGAGGAAGAUUGUGAAAGGGGUUAAGUGAAGAGAGAAGAAAGAAGUAGGUAGAUCUACUGUGAUUAGAUCUGGGUGUGGGAGACUGACGGGGAAACUUUUGAGUGAUGGGGCUAGGCUGGAGGUGAGAAGAGGAGAUGAGAAAAGAGAAGAGACAAUGUGGAUGGGCAAUGGGUCACAGAUGGAGAAAAAAUUGGAGAAAAGUGAGUUAUAAGCAUGAGGGAGGUGAAGAGCAGGGGUUGAUUUGGUGAAGAAAAAAGAUUAAUAGACCCAUCGGCUGUCAGGGAUUUAAUUCCAGAUCUUUCAGAGCUCUCGAUCUAUGGCUCAAGGUGCAUUCUUCAGGUUUAGCCAUACCGAUGCAUCUGCUAUUGCUGACGCCGAGCAAUUUCGGCUUUCAUUUCCUCAGACUGAUUAUCUUCGGCUUUUAUUUCUGAAAGUCCGUUUUCAAUUAUUGCAGUUAUGAAUUUUAAAUUUUUAUUAAAUUUUUAUCAAUUCGGACCAUUUUCUUUUGCUGUAGUAUGUCUUUGCUCACAGCUACUAUUAAUGGUAAUAAUGAAGUAAAACUAUAUUUUGAUGGUAAUCUAUUCUCCUAUUUUGUACAAAGAUUUGAGACUCUUGAGGAUGGUUUAGAUGUCUUUAAUCACAUUCAGAGUUAUAAAUUUUGUCAAGUCCUCUUUCUGGAUCUACUUCUUGUUUUUAAAGUUGAAGUUAACAAUGAAUGCUAUCUGAUCGACAAGAUAUCUAGAAAACCCCUUUUAUCUUUUGUAAUAUAGAAAGUUUUUGGUUGUUUACGCAGUUAUUAUGGUAAAACCUGUUGAAAAAACUGGUGAUGGAAAACCAAUACCCAUUAGGAGAAAAUCAAUGUGUUUCGAGAAAUAAAGUGAACCGUUGUAUAUUUUAGAUUUUUACAGUUUUUUUAUAAAGGCAACAUUGGUUC